AUGAAUAUUCUAUUAUGUUCCGUCAACACAUUUAAAAGAUUAUAUGAGAUAUCUUCCGUGGAAGUAGGUCAACAUCUCUAUUGGCAAUUAGGGGGGUUCCAAGUGCAUGCCCAAGUACUUAUAACUUCUUGGGUCGUAAUUGCUAUCUUAUUGGUUUCAGCCAUUUUAGUUGUUAGAAAUCCGCAAACCAUUCCCACUUUUGGUCAGAAUUUCUUUGAAUAUGUCCUCGAAUUCAUUCGAGAUGUAAGCAAAACUCAGAUUGGGGAAGAAUAUGGUCCGUGGGUUCCCUUUGUUGGAACUAUGUUCUUAUUUAUUUUUGUUUCAAAUUGGUCGGGGGCUCUUUUGCCUUGGAAAAUAAUACAGUUACCUCAUGGGGAGUUAGCUGCACCCACAAAUGAUAUAAAUACUACUGUUGCAUUAGCUUUACUUACAUCAGUAGCAUAUUUCUAUGCGGGUCUUUCGAAAAAGGGAUUAGCUUAUUUUGGUAAAUACAUCCAACCAACUCCAAUCCUUCUACCAAUUAACAUCUUAGAAGAUUUCACAAAACCCCUGUCGCUUAGCUUUCGACUUUUCGGAAAUAUAUUAGCUGAUGAAUUAGUAGUUGUUGUUCUUGUUUCUUUAGUACCCUUAGUAGUUCCUAUACCUGUCAUGUUCCUUGGAUUAUUUACAAGCGGUAUUCAAGCCCUUAUUUUUGCUACUUUAGCUGCGGCUUAUAUAGGUGAAUCCAUGGAAGGCCAUCAUUAA